ACGAGGGAUCCAACUUUCUUGAGUACACGAAUCAAUCAAUUGUAUGUUUAAAGUGAUAAGAUGAUGGUGGUUGUUGUGGUUGGAUUUGUAGAAGUUGAAUACCUUUGAUUGAUGGAUUGAAUGACCUUUACUAUGAAGAAGAAACAAAAUUGACCGUUUGAAAUUUAUGGCAGUCAAAAUAUUAUUUACAUAAAAUAAAAAAAUAGAUUUAUGCACGUAAUUUAAAUCGAUUAAAAAGGUAGACUUCCUAAUUGGGUAAUGUCUGUUUCCACUUUACUCCAAGAGUUCAAAUUUGAAUGAGAGAUGUCUCAAAAUGGAAAUGGUUGGCGAAAGUGAAAAAAACCACCAACUGUCAAAUCUAUGACUACUAUUAAAUUGAUAUUGAAUUCCUAGGUUAAUAUCUUCUAAUUACUUCGAUAUCAAAGUAAUAUCAAAUUAUAACAUCAUAUCAUACAAUUACAAUGAAAGACUAUACGAUUGCCGUGUUAGGAUGUGGAGUUAUGGGAACUGCCGUUGCAUCAGCUAUACUUAAAGCUAAAUUUGAUCCAUACCCCAUUAGAAUUAUUGGUUGUACAAAUUCAGUUGGAACCAAUGAUUUAUUAAAAUCACAAUUAAAACAUGAAAUCUUUGAAUAUUCUUAUGGUUCUGAAUCCAAUACUAAGGCUGUUUCUGAAGCUGAUAUUAUAAUACUUGGUUGUAAACCUUAUAUGUAUCAAGCUAUCUAUGAUGAAAUUAAAUCAGGUUUAACUGGUAAACAAUUGGUUAUUUCUUUAUUGGCUGGUACUACUAUUUCUGAAUUAACUAUUUUCUCAUCAUACGUGGCUAAAGUAAUGACAAACACUCCAGCAAGAUUUGGUUGUGGUACUGCCGCUAUUUCAUUUUCAAAGGAAGCUGAAGCCGAAUAUGAAGAUUUAGUUAUGAAAUUAAUUGGUACGGUUGGUGAAGCAUUCAAAAUCCCAGAAAAGAAUAUGGAUGCUGCUACUGCUUUAGUUGGUUCAGGUCCUGCUUUCUGUUUAUUAAUGAUGGAAGCAUUAAUUGAUGGUGGAGUUAGAAUGGGGUUACCAUUUGAAGUUGCAAAAUUAUCUGCGGCUAAAGUUAUGGAAGGUACUGCUAGAAUGGUACUUGAAACCAAUGAUCAUCCUGCUGUAUUAAAGAGUAAAGUUUGUACUCCAGGUGGUACUACCAUUGCUGGGUUAUUAAAAAUGGAAGAUGCUGGUAUUAGAAGUGGAAUUGCAAGAGGAGUUGAAGAAGCAGCUAUUGUUUCUGCUUCAUUUGCUAAGAAGAAGUAAUCACUUACAAAUUUAGUAUUACAAAUAGUAAUUAUAAUUAUAAAUAUAUCGUUAACCAUGGUG